CUGGCCAGUGGCUGCAGGCAAACCUUGGUACAGUUGAUUUCUUGCCACUCUGAUAGUUUAUCUAAAAUGUGUAUGCUUCAAUCUCUUAGUAUGAAUGCAGCUAAGCUAAAACUGGUGGUCUUGAGUCACAAUCAGAUGCUUAGCUAAAAAGAGACCCGUCCCGUAAAAAAAUAAAAUAAUACACGCCCGCGCUCUGACUCGUUCGCGCGCACACUCUGCUAACAAGUUAGCUAGCCUAGCUAGCCAACUUGCUUGCCCUGGGACUGGUAGUGAUAUGUGGUUCUAGCCAAUUGCUGCCGUAUAUAAACUCGGGGAGCUGCUAGCCCCUAGUGUAUUGGCGGUUAGUCCAUAAACUGUGCAAAUUUAUCACCCGUGAAUCGAGAUCAUUUAUCAAUUUCGAAAUCAGCCUAAAAAACUUCUGGCUGACUUUUUAGGUCGAUAUCGUGGAGGCUAGCUAUCAUUGAAUUUGGCGCUGACAGUAGCUAACGUUAACUGUAACGUUACUGCUCCCUCGCCCCCGUACAGUACACCCACGCCCUUCCCUGCACUCAAAGUAGCUAUCAGCCCAGGGUUUCAGUUUUCAUCACUCAACUAUCCAUUAUGUGAUAUGCAUUUCAAACCAGACAGUGUAAUAUUGCGGAAGAGCUAUUCUUAAAACAUUCUUAAAACCCCCAUUCUUAAAACAGUCCUAACACAAGUUAUGACUAUAGCUGCCUGUUUGUAUCCUAAUUGUGUCAUACACCCGUUAUAAUAUAAAUAUAUUUAAUAUUUUUAAUAUAAACUAGCCAUGGUUAGUUGUUGAUAAUCAAUAUGUAAAUUAGUAUUUUUCCACUUUUGGAUGAAACUGGACAUUUCACUGACUUCCAUUCCUUGUAGGUUUACAAUGAAAACACCUUUAGAUAACAGAGACAGCACAUCCCAGUGGUUGCUGCUGGCCUACACAGCGUGGUCUAUUCGUGGCCUAUAAAAAAACGUAAUGCUAAUCCUUUAAGAGCAAAUUGGAAUGCCAAUGAGUGUUGAGUGACCUGUGGAGGUCAUAGGCAACUGCUAUAUUUACCGUCUCUGUAACUUGAUCUCUGGCAUUCUGGAUCGCUGUGCUCAUACAAUCCCUCCCUGGCUCCUCUCACUCUGGGGCCACAGCCUCCUAUGCAGCACCCUACCCUGCCUGUCCGCUUGAUACGCCACCGGUCUGAUCAGUGAGAAGUCCCUGUGACUGUGAAUGUGUCUGUGAGGUACAUUAGGAUGAGCGAGCCCCACUCUAUCGCUGCCUGCGGGGACUGAGAGACACCGCUCUAUACACAGCAGUCGAUGCGGUCUUCCACCGCAUCACCCGUGGCUGAGAAUCCAGCAUGUCUCGCGUCUCCACUACCGCCAAGCGCUACACCGGCUCCUCCUAUACCAGUACCUAUAGCUCCUAUGGCUCCUCCCUGACGCCCUCCUCCCUCAGCUCCUACACCUCCGACCGGGACAGGCUGCCCUCCUACAGGAGCAAUGCUGCCUCCUCCUCGGGCUACUCCUCCUCCAGCUACCUGAGCAGCGCCGCCAGCCGCGCCCGCAACUACAGCACCUCCUUGGAGCUCGACCGGGGCCGGCCCAUUCCCCGCACUGACCUCCUGAGCAGCAGCAGCCGGCGCAGCGAGAGCCUGAGCCGCACCCCGGUGAAGACCUAUGGCUCGUCGGGCCUGAGCGGCAGCUCCGGUUACACUGGCUACAGCAGCUACUCCUCUUCCACCACGCCCAGCCGCUCCAGCUACCUCUCCUCGUCGCCUGGCGCCUCCAGCAUCUCCCUCAGCCGCCGAAGGUCGUCGAGCCAGAGUGACCUGACGCGGGACCUGUCGUCCCUGGGCCUCAACGAGCCCACCUCCUCUUCCUCCUCCUCCAGCGCCCUGAGGGGUUACCGGAGCAGGGCCAGCGAUGUGGCCGACUCCUACAACAGCAGCCUGCAGAACUCCAGCUAUGGCCUGUCCCACAGCUCCACUCAGGAGGCCUUGAGCAGCAGCAGCUUGAAGAGCGGUGGUGGUAGCCGGUUCACCUCCUCCUAUGAGAGGAGCGACAGCAGCAGCAAUGGACGACCCAGCUCCCCCACCAGGGACUCCCCGAACUCCAAGAGUGCCCAGGGCCUGGUGGGCCUACGGAACCUGGGAAAUACCUGCUUCAUGAACUCCAUCCUGCAGUGUCUCAGUAACACACACAACCUCCGGGACUACUGUCUCCACAACUCCCACCGACGCGACCUUAACAAAAACAGCCGCACCAACACCGGAGCGCUCAUGGAGGAAUUUGCCAAGCUCCUCCAGACCAUGUGGACGUCCUCGAGCAGCGAGGCGGUCGGCCCGUCAGAGUUCAAAACUCAGAUUCAGAGAUACGCCCCCCGAUUCGUGGGAUACAACCAACAGGACGCCCAGGAGUUCCUGCGCUUCCUGCUGGACGGGCUGCACAACGAGGUAAACCGGGUCACGGUGCGGCCGCGGGGCAGCUCAGAGGACUUUGACCACUUGCCUGACCGAGAGAAAGGGGAUAGAAUGUGGAGCAAGUACCUGGAGAGAGAGGACAGUAAAGUAGUGGACCUGUUUGUGGGUCAGCUGAAGAGCUCGUUGACAUGCAGCACGUGUGGCUACUGCUCCACUGUCUUUGACCCCUUCUGGGAUCUCUCUCUACCCAUCGCCAAGAAGGGCUACGGAGAAGUGAGUCUGAUGGACUGCAUGAGUCUCUUCACCAAAGAGGAUGUGCUCGAGGGAGAUGAAAAACCAACGUGCUACAGGUGUAAAGCCAGAAGAAGAUGCACAAAGAAGUUCACUGUACAGAAAUUCCCCAAGAUCUUAGUGCUUCAUCUGAAACGCUUCUCUGAAGCGCGGAGAACCAGCAAACUGUCCACAUUUGUCAACUUCCCCAUGGAGAAACUGGACCUCAGGGAGUUUGCCUCGGAAAACAGCAUAAAUGCAGUUUAUAACCUGUACGCAGUGUCCAAUCACUCAGGCACGACCAUGGGCGGCCACUACACAGCGUACUGUCGCAACCCCACCUCGGGAGAAUGGUACACGUUCAAUGACUCCAGAGUAACGCCAAUGUCCUCCAGCCAAGUGCGCAGCAGUGACGCCUACGUGCUGUUCUACGAGCUGGCCUCCUCCUCGCGGAUGUGAGGGCCUCCCGGAGGAGGAGGGCACUGCAGACGGAGGGAGGGAGGGGGAGGAGGGCAAAGCCAGGCCCGUUAGGACUAAUCACAUCCACAACAGAGAGAGGCUACUACUCCCACUUCCCCAUCUCUAUCCACAACAGAGAGAGGCUACUACUCCCACUUCCCCAUCUCUAUCCACAACAGAGAGAGGCUACUACUCCCAGUUCCCCAACUCCAUCCAAAACAGAGACUACUACUCCCCCCUCCCCAACUCCAUUCACAACAGAGAGAGGAUACUACUCCCACUUCCCCAACUCUAUCCACAACAGAGAGAGGCCACUACUCCCACUUCCCCAACUCCAUCCACAACAGAGACUACUACUCCCCCCUCCCCAACUCCAUUCACAACAGAGAGAGGAUACUACUCCCAGUUCCCCAACUCCAUUCACAACAGAGAGAGGCCACUACUCCCACUUCCCCAACUCCAUCCACAACAGAGAGAGGCCACUACUCCCACUUCCCCAACUCCAUCCACAACAGAGAGAGGCUACUUCAACUGCUGGACGUCCACCCUCAGACUAUGGAAACACUACAGGAAUCUGUCAUAUUUGCUGUUGUUGUUCAACCCAGCCCUCCUCACUUCACUCCCUCUCGCUUCUCUCUGCUGCCUCUCUCUCUCGCUCUCUGCUCUUGGGGAGCAGGGUGGUCAGAGGAGUUGGCCUGUGCGUGUGUGAGCGUGUGUGUCUCAGAGAGAGUGUGUGUGUGUGUGUGUGUGUGUGUGUGUGUGUGUGUGUGUGUGUGUGUGUGUGUGUGUGUGUGUGUGUGUGUGUGUGUGUGUGUGUGUGUGUGUGUGUGUGUGUGUGUGUGUGUGUGUGUGUGUGUGUUAUCACAGGAGACCCUCUCCAGGCAAUAAAAACCAAGCGUCUCCUUCUCCGAAGUCCCUCUCUCUAUGCACUGCAACAAACCAAACUCUCGUCCCGACUGCGCCUUUCUUCUCUUCUUGUUCGAGAUCGCCUCAAUAUUAAAAGACUUUGUUUCAAUUUCGAUUUUGGAUUUUCUUGUUGAUUUUUGUAUUGGUAUUACCACCAUCAUCACGGUGGAAGAUUUUCUGAACUGUUGCUGCAGCGCCCCCUGCUGACGGGAUGGAGUAGGACAAUAUGGCGCCGUCAGAAAUUCUUCUUAACACACCUCUCACACAAGCCUGAGUGUCCCCUCCGGCCUACACACUGCAAUGUCUCAUCCCAGUUUCUCUGUUCAGCUGUGUACAGUACUACUCUGUCCUUUCACUGCUGCUCUCUCUCCUUGUCCUGCAUCUUCCUCUGAAAGUGGAGGGGUAGCCAGGUUGUCCUCUUAAGAGUGCUACGUGUUCAGAGGAUGCCCUGUACCUUAUGUUAUUGUUUUCAGUGUGGCUGCUACUGAUGUUUUAAAGUGCUGUGAAUGAAAAGGACUAUCCAGUACAAACGAAUACUAUUGGUCACAAUCUUGUCAGUAUGGAUUUGUUCAUCCUCGACUGUCAUGCCAUUGAACAACAUGGAAAGAAUGUUUUGAGAGAAAAAAAACACGAUCUGUCUAUUUUUAUAUUCUGAUGCAAUAUAGAGAAUGUACUUUACAGUGGUGCUGAAAAGACCCGUUGCUGUUUUCAGUUCAUUUAACAGGUGAAUGAGAAAGGCUCUUAAUUAUGCUUACAGGUGACUUACAUGAAAUACGAGUCGUACUUUUUAACAGUGGCAGUCAAAACACAUGCAUUUAUUAUAGAUACACUACUGGUCAAAAGUUUGGGGUGACUUAGAAAUGUCCUUGUUUUUGAAAGAAAAGCACAUUUUUUUGUCCAUUAAAAUAACAUCAAAUUGAUCAGAAACACAGUGUAGACAUUGUUAAUGUUGUAAAUGACUAUUGUAGCUGGAAUUGGCUGAUUUUUUAUGGAAUAUCUACAUAGGCGUAUAGAGGGCCAUUAUCAGCAACCAUCACACCUGUGUUCCAAUGGCACGUUGUGUUAGCUAAUCCAUGUUUAUCAUUUUAAAAGGCUAAUUGAUCAUUAGAAAACACUUUUGCAAUUAUGUUAGCACAGCUGAAAACUGUUGUUCUGAUUUAAAGAAGCAAUAAACUGUCCUUCUUUAAGACUAGUUGAGUAUCUGGAGCAUCAGCAUUUGUGGGUUCGAUUACAGGCUCAAAAUGGCCAGAAACAAAUAACUUUCUUCUGAAAUUCGUCAGUCUGUUCUUGUUCUGACAAAUGAAGGCUAUUCCAUGUGAGAAAUUGCCAAAAAACUGAAGAUCUCGUACAAUGCUGUGUACUACUCCCUUCACAGAACAAUGCAAACUGGCUCUAACCAGAAUAGAAAGAGGAGUGGGAGGCCCCGGUGCACAACUGAGCAAGAGGACAGGUAUAUUAGAGUGUCCAGUUUGAGAAACAGACGCCUCACAAGUCCUCAACUGGCAGCUUCAUUAAAUAGUACCCGCAAAACACCAGUCUCAAUGUCAACAGUGAAGAGGCGACUCCGGGAUGCUGGCCUUCAAGGCAGAGUUGCAAAGAAAAAUCCAUAUCUCAGGCUGGCCAAUACAAAGAAAAUAUUAAGAUGGGCAAAAGAACACAGACACUGGACAGAGGAACUCUGCCUCGAAGGCCAGCAUCCCGGAGUUGCCUCUUCACUGUUAAUGUUGAGACUGGUGUUUUGCGGGUACUAUUGAAGGGAGUAGUACACAGCAUUGUACGAGAUCUUCAGUUUCUUGGCAAUUAGCAAUCAUAGCAAUCAUUUCUCAGAACAAGAAUAGACUGACGAGUUUCAGAAGAAAGUUCUUUGUUUCUGGCCAUUUUGAGCCUGUAAUCGAACCCACAAAUGCUGAUGCUCCGGAUACUAAACUAGUCUAAAGAAGGACCGUUUCUUUGCUUCUUUAAUUAGAACAACAGUUUUCAGCUGUGGUAACAUAAUUGCAAAAGUGUUUUCUAAUGAUCAAUUUGCCUUUUAAAAUGAUAAACUUGGAUUAGCUAACACAACGUGCCAUUGGAACACAGGAGUGAUGGUUACUGAUAAUGGACCUCUGUACGCCAAUGUAGAUAUUCCAUUACAAAUCAGAUGUUUCCAGCUACAAUAGUCAUUUACAACAUUAACAAUGUCUACACUGUAUUUCUGAUCAAUUUGAGGUUAUUUUAAUGGACAAAAAAUUUGCUUUUCUUUCAAAAACAAAGACAUUUCUAAGUGACCCCAAACUUUUGAAUGGUAGUGUAUAUUGUGUGUGUGUGUGUGUUCAUUUAAAAAAAACUGUGGCUUUUAGUUUCGUAUUUCAUGUUGUGUUCAUGUUAUAUCCGUUAUAGGAUAUAUAUUUUACAUUACAGACACGACAAUGACAUCGUGCUGCCAAGGCACAUAGCCCUUACAGACCCUGGAUGCCUCUGCACGUACUUUAAAAUAUUCAGGUCGGGGUUAACAGUUCUGUUCCUAUGGAUAAAAGCGUCUGCUAAAUGACUAUAUUAAUAACAAACCACCACGCUCA